AUGAAAUAUUCAGAAUUAUUUUAUUGUUUUUCAAUAUGGGAGGAAGCCUAUAAAUAUGAUGAUAUGGUUAAAGGUAAAAACAAAACUGUAGGUAGGACAUCAAACAAAUUCGAAAAGGUUGAGUAUAACAACAAUAAUAUUUUAAAUAAUGAUGAGGAGAAAGAAAAAAAAACAAGCGAUAAAUUAAUAAAUAAUAAUAAUGUGGAAAGUACAAAUAAUAUAAAUUCAGAACAAGACUAUUCAGACAUGUAUCCGUCUUCAAGGGAUGAAAAUAUAAAAAGAAAUGAAGAAGAAAUAAAUAUAGAUAAUAAAUAUGAUCGAAUAGAAAAAUUUGAAAAAUUAAAAAAAAUAUAUAAUAAAACAAAUAAUUAUGAUAAAAGAAAUAUGAAUAUAUAUAGAAGAUCUACCAGUACUCCUAAUAUGACAAGAAAAAAGAGAAUGGUUAUGAAGAAAAAUAAAUCAUUUCCUUAUCCUCAUACAGGUUAUAACUAUCCUAAUUCAUUGAAAGAAACAAAUUUUAUUUAUUCAUAUGAAUUGUAUAGUGGACCAAAAUAUGUAAUAGAUUCUACAGCAUCAGAAAAAUCCUUUUUAGAAUCAAGCCAAAUUGUAUCAAAUUCGUGUACGAAUCAGUCAGGAGGUUCUUUCAAAUUUGAUGAAUAUAAUGGAUAUUCAUCUUCUUCCUACAAAUUUAACCAAUCGAACGAAGACGACAGAACGAAGACGACAGAACGAAGACGACAGAACGAAGACGACAGAACGAAGACGACAGAUCGAAGAACAUCAUACUUAUCACAAAUAACGAAACAAAUAAAAACGAGAUAA